AUGUCAUCUAUAGUUGAGAAAUUUAACGUUGGCAAGGCCACAGCUGUAAGAAUUGUGCGUCGUGUUGCAAAAGCACUUUGUCAAUUGUCACCAAGAUAUAUAGUAUGGCCAAGAAAUGAUAAAAUACAGGAUAUUAUACUUGGAUUUUCUCGUAAAAAUGGUUUCCCUGAUACAAUUGGAGCCAUAGACGGUACCCAUAUAACUAUUCCAGCACCUAUAGAAAAUGCAGAAGCAUACAUCAAUCAAAAAGGUCGUCAUUCUAUUCAUCUGCAGGCAGUGUGCGAUCAUAUAAUGCAGUUCACGCAUGUAUAUGUGAGAAAUGUAGGAUCAGUUCAUGAUGCUCGUAUUUUUCGCUUAUCAGCUCUCCAGGAUUAUAUAAAUGAUCCCAACAAGUUUCCCAAUAAUACUCAUUUAAUUGGAGACGCCGCAUAUGGACUGCAUCAACAUCUUUUAGUUCCAUAUGUGGACAACGGACACCUCACAGAACGACAAAAGAAUUACAAUUAUUACCAUUCUUCAACGAGAAUGGUAAUAGAAAGGGCAUUUGCACUUUUAAAAGGACGCUGGAGAAGUCUCUUACAGUUACUAGCAAUUAAUCGUAUUGAUUUUACACCAUAUCAUAUAUCAGCGUGUUGUGUGCUUCACAACAUUUGUUUAUUAAAAAAAGACGAAUUGAGAUUAGAAGAUGAUGUUAUUGUUUUUGAUAUAGAAGAAGUAGAAUUACAAAGGGAAAGAAUUAGAUAUAAUGAUAGAAUUAUUGCAGAAGCUAAGAAACUUAACAUAUGUAAUAAUUUAGAUAUGAGAAAUGCUCAGAAUGUUCAAAAUGGAUAG